GCAGCACAACCUUGUCCACCUUAAGAAGUCUUGCCCCAUGAGGGGUCGUCGUAUACCUGAGAUGGCUUGCGGGGCAUUCCAUGAGUUGAUGCGCGAAGCAUUGGAUUUGAAGUACACUGAAUUAUUGCGCCGCCUGGUCAACGUUGAUGCCAAUGACUCGAGCAAGAUAUUCAGGGAGUUUGCCGCUGCGAAGGCCUUCAUCAUUGCAGAGAUGCAGGUGCGGCUCGACCCCAUCGCGCAGCUGCCCCUGAAAUGUCUGUGCGUGGGCCACUUUGACCACAAGUGCAUGAGGACGCACCUCGCUAUCUGCUUGGUUUUGUACGAGAACUUGACAGCGCAGGACGUCAAACACCAGAUGACGAAGCGGAUGUUCGGCCAUGGCUCUAUCAUUCGGGGGUAA